GGCAAAAGACCAAUUCAAAAUAAAAUCCAAAUAAAGCCCGGUCUGCCAUGCCCCAAAUUGCAUAGAACCUCAGAAAUUUGGUUAUCUUGAUUUCCUCUGCUAAACUCCUGUGUUAGCCAUGGCGGAUGAGAAGCAAUGCUCACAACAACCCACCAGUCAGAUCAGUGAAGAGGAACAGAAAAAACUGUUUGAAGUGAACACUGCUCCACUUAAGGAAUGGCCAGAGGUUGUGGGUAUGUUGGGGGAGGAAGCCAAGAAGAAAAUUGAAUCAGAAAACUCAGAUUUGACUGUUGUGAUACUCCCUGAAGGCUCCUUUGUUACAGCAGAUUUUAGUAAUAAGCGUGUAAGGGUAUUUGUUGAUUCCAACGGAAUAGUCACCAAAACUCCAAAGAUAGGUUGAAGAUUUCUGUGUUUGUGUGUGUGGACUACGGGUCCCCUGUUGUUGUGUCUUGACCUGGUUAUAAUAUGAUCUUUGAAGCAGUGGACUUCAUAAGCACUCUCAAGAUUGAUAUCUUGGUUGUAAUAAGAAAGAAUAAUUGAUUGCAGUUUAUUUAAUAAAAAAUGGAUAUUGCCUUACUCUGUAAAA